GCCGCCCACCCAGCCACGCUGACCUGGAAGCCGGAGCAGCGUUCAGCGGCCACCACCCUGCCCGGGAGGCCGGGGGACCGGGGACCUGGAAGGGCCUGGCCCUGGCUUCCCUGCAGCGCCCCCGGGGGCCGCCUCAGGCCCUCCCGGAGCCCGGACCAAUGCGCCAGAGCUGAGGGCCCGGGGCUGCGCGGGUGGCCCGGCAGCGUCCCCAAGGGCGACGCCCCACAAGUUGGCGGCCAGCGCCCAGCCAACCCCCAGGGGUGGGAAAGCGUCGGCCCAGCCAGCGGAUCCAGCAAGGCCGCCCCCUUCACCGGGGCCCAGAGGUCAACACCCCGCGUCCUCAUCUCGGGCUGGGACCGCCUUUGCGUCUGCCCUGAGCGGGACCGGGGAAUCCUGGGGAGCCCCGCCUCGGCGCCCCGAAGCCCCGGAAGAGCUACUGUCAUCGCUUCCGGUCAUGACCGGAAGUGUCUGGAACGGCCAUCGCCCGCCCUACGAGAUGACGCACUUCCUGCCUGAAGCGGCCGCUGUUCUCGCGGUUUCCAGCAGGUGGCGCUGAGACCAAGGGAAGCCGGCCCGGCUGUCGGUUAGCCCUCGAGCAUUCUGGGAAUUGCAGACCUGGCCCCUCCUCUUCCUGUUCUCCUUGGUCAAUUCCGGUCUUGUUUCUCCAACAAAUGCCGCGGUUCCGGGGCUGUUUCCGAGCCGGACGCCAGGGCCGCUGGGUCAAGGAGUGGAGAGGCGGACGCAUGCGCACAGGACUACACGUCCCGACAGGCGUCGGGAGCGGUGGCCCAGUGCCUUGUGGGAGGUGUAGUUUUGCGGACUUGGAAGCCGCGGCGCUCGGCCGGAUGAAUACUCGGUUUCCCAGAGGGCUGAGCGCGCCGCAUGGGCGGGCGGCGCCGACCAAGAUGGAUACGGCCGUGCCGCCUUCGAACUGUUGAGCAGCUGAACAGAGCCAUGCCAGGGGCACUCCGAGGCCUGAGACCACCAUACCUGUGCCACUGAGGACCUUCAUCAAGGAUCCGCCCACCUGGCAGUCCAGUCACACUCCAGUGUCAACCACUGGUACCCAGCAGCCAAGGGAGGUGUGACGUGGUCUUGGGAACGCAUGGCUGAGGCAGGGACAGAGGAACCGACCCCCAGCGUGGAGGGGGAGCAUGAGACGGAGUAUGACACACUGCCUUCUGACACAGUCUCCCUCAGUGACUCGGACUCUGACCUCAGCUUGCCUGGCGGUGCUGAAGUAGAAGCGCUGUCCCCGAUGGGGCUGCCUGGGGAGGAGGAUUCAGGUCCCGAUGAGCCGCCCUCACCCCCCUCGGGCCUCCUCCUCCCAUCCGCGGUGCAGCCGUUCCAUCUGAGAGGCAUGAGCUCCACCUUCUCCCAGCGAAGCCAUGACAUCUUUGACUUCCUGGAGGGGGCAGCCAGGCGGGCUCUACCCUCUGUGGCCCACACCAGUAUGAGUGACAGUGGAGGCUUCAAGCGGCCCCUGGUGCCCUCAGGCCGGCCUCCAGUGGAAGGCCUGGGCAGGGCCCAUUGGAGCCCAGCCUCCCCGAAGGUGCCUCCAGUCCCCGACUACGUGGCACACCCUGAACGCUGGACCAAGUACAGCCUGGAAGAUGUGACCGAGGUCAGCGAGCAGAGCAAUCAGGCCGCCGCCCUGGCCUUCCUGGGCUCCCAGAGCGUGGCUGCCCCUACUGACUGCAUGCCCUCCUUCAACCAGGACCCCUCCAGCUGUGGGGAAGGGAGGGUCGUCUUCACCAAACCAGCCCGAGGGGUUGAGGCCAGACACGAGAGAAAGAGGGUCCUGGGUCAAGUAGGAGAGCCAGGGAGGGGUGGCCUUGGUAACCCUGCCCCAGACAGGGGUGAGGGCCCAGUGGAGCUGGCCCAUCUGGCCAGGCCCGGGAGCCCAGAGGCCGAGGAGUGGGGCAGCCCCCACGGGGGCCUGCAGGAGGUGGAGGCACCGUCAGGGCCUGUCCACGGUGGGCCUGUGCCAGGCCUCCCACCGGUGGAGACGGUUGGCUUCCACAGCAGCAGGAAGCGGAGUCGAGACCACUUCCGGAACAAGGGCAGCAGCUCCGAGGGCCCAGGCGCUGAGGUCUCAGAGGGAGACGGUGCUGCCUGACCACACUGGCCACUGCCAUCCUGCUGCCUUCCCAGGAGGGCUGGCCAAGGGGCAGCCCAGCCACUGCCCAGCUAGAGUGGGAGGAAGCCUGCAGGCUGCCUGUAGGUGGCACCGGUGGCCCUGGCUGCGGCCCUGGGCGUCAUCCUCCCAACAGAGACCUGGCUGAGCUCCUGGGGUGUGGGGUGUGGGCUGGAAGCACUGGCUGCCUGGUGGGGACAAUAAAGGUUUUGGGACUUCCUCA